GAUUGAUUUUGCUAAGGUCGAAGAAAAUGCGAGGAAAAUGAUUUAAUGUCAAUUGUACAAUAUAAUUUAUAUUUUAUAUUUAAAAAAACCGAGAGUUCGGUUGUGUAACUGAAUUUAAUCAAUAAAUUUCAAAUAAAUUUUUUUCAGUUUUCUUCGAUAACAAACUGCAAUGCAUUCGUGUCGACAAUUAUUAUACAGCCCAGCCCGGUGGAAAUGUGCUUUACCCGUCAAUUUAAAACCUACUGUAAUUACUUGCCAGCCUGACCAGGUAAGUGAUCAACUUGACGAUAAACUAAACCAGACUAUAAGAAAAGAUGAAAUACGUAUUGCUAAUAAUUCGUAUAUAAAUUUGUUUAUGCUUUCAUAUGGUGCACAUAAAUCUUUUCUGAUAUACUACUUGUGAUAAUUAAUAGAAUCAGGUGUUACUUUGUGGAAAUCCAUUAUAUUGACGAUGUAAAAAAAUCAAGCAGCUAAGAUCCAUGUAAUAAAAUAUUCAAGCUAGGUAAAGACAUAAUUUCAUAAUGACGGUACACUGGGAGAUAGAGCAAAUGAUGUCCUCAGUGAUCUUACUCAAAUUUUUCAAAAUUUUAAAAAUAUUGGUCGAACCAAAUAGCAAUUAAUGUGAAAUAUAUUUUUCCAAUAAUUUAUCUACUUCUCAUAGACAGUUUAAUUCAAAAUUUCAAUCAUGUUUCUCCUGCAAUAAAAACUGUCAGUACGGAAUCACUAUACCUGCUAGGUGCCCUGUCGUUUUUCUAACUAUAGAAUACUACUAACUAAUUAAAUCUGUUUUAAAAACAAAAUUUGAUCAGUUUUUAAAUCACUUUGAUAAAUUGUAUAAAUAAAACCCCCACAUAGCUCUUUACUAUUUUAAAAUAUUGUCUCCUUGUACCAAGAUUUACAUACUUACUUUGCUACAGUCCAGUCUGGAAAUGUUCAGAUAUUUUAAAAGAUAUUGAUAAUAAUCUUAAAAUAGCUGUAGAAAAAAUUCUAAAUUUAAUGAUUUCUUAUAUUUACGCGAACACUACACAUUGAAUAAAACUAUUUUUACGGAUUUUAUCGCGUUUAAUUUACUUAUUUUAUAUUCCCGACGUUUCGGUUGCUUUCCAGCAACCGUGGUCACGGGCGACUGAGGUGAUUGACGUCCCGAUGUCAAAGUUAACCCGGAGUACCUUCAGCUUUUUAAUUAUUAAUUUUGGUCCGAUCUACGCAGAAUGAACUAACUGUGUCUUGAAGUCUUACAGUGGUAUGCUUGGGUUUAGUUUUAAUUUUAUGAAUUACAGGAUCCCAAGCAGGUGGUAGUACCCAGCCUCCCUCUCUAUUGAAAUUAGGAUGUUUUUUAAUUUCAAUAGCCUCACGUAUCAUCCUUGGCAGGAAUCGAUGUUCUUUCGCGAGGACUUGUGGUUUAUCAAAUCUAAUGUAAUGACGGGGGCCGUCUAGGAUAUGAUCACAAACUGCAGACUUCCCCGAACGUUGGUGCUUCACGUCAGCUAUGUGUUCUUUUACGCGGGUUUUUAUUGAUCGUUUUGUUUGCCCUAUAUAUGAGAGACCACACUCACAAUCAAGCUUGUAUACUCCUGCUUGUAGAGGAAUAUUGCACUUGACGGAUGGUAAGAACUGACUAAUCUUCUUCGGCGGCUUGAAGAAUGUUCUAAUAGAAGCUCGCUUCAAGGUGUAGCCAAUCUUGUCUGUGACACCUCUGACAUAUGGUAGUACAGCAGGCACACGCUCGACUGUGGCUUACUUAAAUUUAACUUUAACUUUAAAACUUACUAAAUUUAACUUUAAAUACAACAGCCUGGACUCAAGCUACUUUACCUAUAAAAUUUGGGGCUUGGCUUUCGAUUGACGUCCGUCCAGUUGGAGGUUGAUAUUUUUUACAGAAAGGUUACAUUAUUAUAAGCACACACGCAAAGUUUCAACAUGCAGAAGCACAUACUUUAAGAGAAAAAAAUUGUUGAAAAUAAAUUAUUUUUGCAAUAUUUAUGCCAAUCUCCAUUGAUGUCCAUCAAGUUGGUGGUUGAUAUGUUUUUUGCAAAAAGGUUGCAUUAUUAUAAGCAGACAUUAGGAGACGCAUACCUUAUGUGAAAAAAAUUAUUGAAAAUCAAUUAUUAUUGCAAUAUUUAUGUCAAUUCCCAUAAAACUGACGCUAUUUUGUAUCAUCAUUGUCAUCAUCAGUAGGGAUGUUGAUUCUUUUCGAAAAAGUUCGAUUUUUAAAUCGAUUCGAAUUAUAAGCUGAUGUAUCGAUUCACAAAAAAUAAAAUUCUAAAAUAUCUAUAUUUUUAUUCAUGUUUGCAUUUAUAAUGUAAAUAUAAAUCUCAGGGUCGUUGCUGCUGGUGAUAAGAGGGCUGGUUCUUUUCUCGCUCAAAGGCUAAGUAUAGCCAUUCAGCGGGGAAACACAGCCAGCGUUCUUGGCACGAUACUGCGGGGAGUAGGACUAUAUGAUAAUUAAGUUUCUAGUUUUAGUUUUUUUUUUAUUAUUAUUAUAGUUUUUAAUAUUGUAUAUAAAUAAAUUUAGAAAGAACAUUUUCUUGGAAGUAAAAUUCGUAUGUUUUAUAUUAUUUAUAAGACGUUUUAUAAAUGUAUACCUACAAUUUAUUUCUUGUUUCGUUAUUUUGGAUCUCCACUCCAAUUUAGAUCUUUAUUUUAAGAUUUGCUACAUUUUAGUAUUAAUUAAAAUACUUGUUUUAUUAAAGUCAAUAAUAAUAAAAAAAAUUUCGACCUUCUCAAAACUAACCUAAGAUAGAAUCUUAUUUUCUACAUUUUAUAAGUUGCCAUCAAAACGGAAAAAUUCCAACUAAUAGAUUUUUUUAAAUUUAUGGUUUUGUUCUUUACAAGCAGACUGUAAAUUUUCCUCUUUUUACAAGGCAACGUCAAAAAAUUUUGUGAAAAAAUGGAAUGCCUCAUUUCCAGUAAAAAGGGUAUCCAGUUCUCUACACUUACCAUAUGAAGCACAGCACCAUUGAGCUGCUAUUUUACGUUGGUAUUCUGUGAGAGUGUGUUCCUACCCUGAUUGAGCUAACCCAUUUGUGCUUCAACCAUAAUAUAGCUGCAGCGUGGUUCCACUUAUGUUAAAUAAAAUGGGUUGGAUUUAGAAUCGUUUGGCACGAAUUUGGCGGAGUAAGGUGUUUUAUUUGGUAGGGAUUUGAUCGCCGAUUAUAAUAAUACCAUUCACAUUAAAAGGUAAUGCACCGUUAUCGAAAAAAUAAAUAAAAACUAUUAUAACCUAAAAUGCGUAAAACAUGGAAAAAUUACUGUGAAAGCUGGAUAGCAUACAGAAUUUUCUGUAAGUGCGACAAGGACGUAAGACUAGUGUCAUAUUAUUCUACUGUCUAUACUCUCUGUCAAGAGAUAUUUCGCUAAAAACAACUAUAAUAAUAGAGAAAAUUUUUAUUUUUAUAUGGAUAUUUAUGGAGAAGAGAAAUUAUAAGGAACAAAAGAGAUCAUUUUGAGGAAUUAAUAAAAAACAAUAUGUUUACAGACAAUAAAGAAAUGAUUAUAAUAUACUGUUUUAUUUCUGAAUUGUUUAAAACUGCCCAGAAAUACUUGAACACCCAGAAAUAAUUUCAGUUGUAAUAGGUUAGAAGGUUGUGCGGGUGUGGGAGCGAUGGCAACCUGACUUUAUAGAUAAGAUAUCUGAUCUGAUCGAAUCUGUACUAAAAUUAAACCAGCACGCUCCGACUCCAUGUAGUCUUGUCUGCCCUACUCCUGGAGUGUUUUUUGUAAAGCCGUAGGCGCGGAGGGAGAGCAGCCCCCGCCCGCCGCAAGGGUAAAGGGGCUGCACUUCCAGCAGCGCCGAAGUCGUUGUAGAAGUAACUCGGGUCAAUAUUCCUGUGUAAAAAAGUAAGGUUAUGAUUUUACAAAAAAAACAUUACUCAUAAACUAUACUUUUCCGCAACGAGGGAAAGGUAGAGGGGCUUCCCCUGAUAAGGCACACUCCUUCUACCCUCUUCCCUCCUCCUACCUGAGACGAUAUAUAUUACUUUCAGGUUAGGUCUAUGGGAUUUUCUUUUUGAUUUUUCUCGAGAACGGUAUAUUACCUUUAAUGGGAGUGGUGUCGGGAGUAAGGAGACGCUCCCCCUUCUCCUCCCCUCAACCCCUGCCUCCUCCUCCUGCCAAGCGAUUCUAAAAUUGAACCAAUAAAAUAAUUAAAAAUUAAAAAUUUUGUACAACUGCCUUCAAUAUAAAUUAUUUAGAAUAACUUAAAAACUAUUGGUCAGACCUUGAUCAAAUGUAUAUGGGACCACAUGAGAAGCACUAGGUUUCAAAUAAAAAAGAAUUAUCGAAAUCGGUUCAACCAGAAUAAAAGUUAUGAGAACAUACAGUCGAAUUGAGUACCAUCGCCUUUUUGAAGUUGGUAGAAAACCUCACGAGAACAUUUCACAUGGUCACGUUUUUGAACUGGUGUUAGCGUACUAGGAACCCCUCUUGCACUGACUUUAGUUAUCACAAGAUUGAGGGUGUUUUAAACAGCUAGCAUAUCCUGGUUUAGUGAAAUUUUUUUUACUUAAGCCAGUGCUUCACCACAAUCCCACCUCGUGGUGAUGAAGAGAUGGUAAAUGUAGAGCCAUGUUACAGCUAUAUUAGUAGUAUAGUUGUAGCACGAAUGGGUCGGCUCGACCGGGGAAGGACCACGCUCUCACAGAAUACCAGCGUAAAAUGGCAGCUUGACACUGCUGUGUUUCGUAUGCUGAGAGUAGAGAACCGGAGACCCAUUUUACUGGAAAAGAGGCAUACCAUCUUAUUCCUCACGGGUGACGACGCAUCUGCAUUUUCAUUCUUCAUUGAGGAUAAAUGUAGAUGUCUAUGGGUCACAGCAACCACUUACCAUCAGGUGGACUGUGUGCUCGUUUGUUACUCUAUCCUAUAAAAAAAGAUCAUCACACUGUCUUAGCAAAAAAAGCCUAUUCAUUCUUGCCUUGAAGACGCCCAGAUUGUAUUCAGAUGGAAAGACAGACGUUUCAAAAUUAUUCCCCUUUUUUGCUGUAUGUAUUACAAAAUCAUCCAUGGUGCGAUGUUCAAUGUUCAAGCAUGUUGCCAACUAAAGAUUUUUGUUAUUUUCAGUUGUUAUCAGAAAGAAGUUGCUGCCCAUCUCAUUCCCCUCUGUCGCCUCUUAUGACAUACACUGAAUAAUAUGAGCUAGUAGAUUUUCUUACAUCACGAUUACACAUUUUUGGGUUUUACUGUCUACAUAUUAUCAGUAGGAGACUGGACUCAGGUUGUACCUGCUCCUGAUGAAAUCCAACACGACCAGAAAGAGGUUGUGUUGGAUUGCAUUCCAUUGGACUAUGUAAGUGAGGGAAUAGACAGUGCACAUGUGCUUGCACACACACUUGUACUAUAAUUCUGUUCUACGCAGAUUGCUGGUCUCCUUGAGACUAGCCACUGUUAUCGAAAUUCGGUGUAGAGGAUAUUAAUUAUUUAAUUAAUAGUUUAUAACCUGUAGUUUACAGUACUAGAAUGGCGGAGUUAUUCUGCACGAAAAGGAUUCUUCUCUUCAAUCAUCGAGAACAUCAAAGAAGAUAUCGCC